GUCAAUAUGGCGGGAGUGAAAAGUUUCUUGAAAGUGAAAGUGGUGUUCUUGUAUUUAAAAUAGUCAGUAUGUUUCUAAAGUUAUGUAGUCAUGUCGUGCCGAAAGUUAAAACGAACAGGACUGUCAUCAAACAUCUUAGAGAAACUGAUAAGACACAAUAUAUUGACGUGUAAAGAUUUAUUGUCUUGUAGUCAACUAGAAGUGAUAAAGAUAUUGUCGUCUGGUCCUACUACAGCUGAUGAUGUUUUUAAAAAAUGCAGCCAGUCUUGUUCACCUAGGCCUAUUACUGCCUAUGAUUUAUGGAAGAAACGUUGUGAGUCUAAUCAUGGAUUUUUUGCGACAUCAUUAAAAGAUCUCGAUGUCGUUUUACAUGGCGGUCUACCGGUUGGUACGGUUAGUGAAAUUGCAGGUCCUUCGGGAUGUGGUAAAACACAGUUCUCUAUCAUGUUGAGUCUGCUGGUUACCAUGCCAACAUCACAUGGUGGGUUGGAUGGUGCUGUCUUGUAUAUUGAUACAGAAGGGGCAUUCAGCGCUGAAAGACUUGUUGAGAUGGCCACCAAUAAAUUUCCAGAUUAUUUUCAUAAUAAAUCCACGAAUAUGUCCAAAUUAACAGACCGAGUUCACGUGAAUGUUAUUCAGACCUGUAAGCAUUUGUUAGAAAGAUUAAAGAAUCUAGAAGAAGAUAUUAUAUCCAAGAAAAUCAAACUGAUUGUCAUCGACUCCAUCGCUUCAUUGGUAAGGAAAGAAUUCAGCACCACCUUAGGUAGAAACCUGACGGAUAGAACCAAUUUACUCGUACAGGAGGCAGCCAUCUUGAAAUAUCUCGCAGAAGUCUUCUCAAUACCUAUCGUUGUAACCAAUCAAAUAACUACUAGAUUUGGAAAUGAUAAUAUACAAGAUGAACAAGCUAGUUCGUCAGGUUUGGAAGGUGAGAGUGGGUAUGUAACUGCUGCAUUGGGUAAUACGUGGAGUCACAGUGUUAAUACCAGACUGCUACUACAAUAUCUAACACCUGUAACAAGACAGGUGAUGGUAGCUAAAUCACCUGUAGCACCAUUUACAACAUUUACCUAUACUAUAGAAUCAGCAGGUGUUAUACAACAAGAUGAUGGAGCUGGUCACUAUGAUGGCACUGAUCCUGGUAAACAACAGAUUAAAGUCCGAUCAGCUUUACCAUUUCAAAUAUCACAGUCAUCAUCUCUGUUGUCAUAGUGUCAGGAACUGUUGUGAUGGUACCUGGAACUAUUGUCAUUGUGUCGGGACCUGUUAUCAUGGAACCAUGAACUGUUGUCAAAGUGUAAAGAACUUGUUUCAUGGUACCAGAAGCUGUUGUCAUGGUAACAGAAGCAGUUGUCAUGGUACAAGGAACUGUUGUCAUAGUAACAGAAGCUGUUGGAUGAAAGAGGUAUACAAUAAAACAAACUUAAUUUAUCAAUCAAAAUAAAAUAAUAAAACAAAACAAAA